CCACAUGAAUGAGAGCGGAGCGAGAGAAAGAGAGAGAAAGAGACAGGGAAAAAAAGGUGAAGCUGAAAACUAGAAAGAGAGGAGAACGAUAUAGGAAGAAAAGAGUGGGAGAAAAGGAGAAGGGGAGGAGAGAGAGACGGGAGGACAACGAGGAGAAAAAGAGAUUGCAAGUCAGAGGGAGUGUAAGAAAACGAUAGAGCUAGAGCGGGUCAGAAGUGUGUUGGAGUGAGUGAUAAAAAGUGCGAGAGCGCAAGACAAUAUGUGAUAGAGAGGGAGAGGGAGGGAGAGACAGAGAUGCGGCGAAAAGGGGAGUGAGGCGAAAUUGAAUUGUAGAUAAAGGGACCUUCUCUCCUCCUCCUUCCCUCCCUCUUUUAUCAAUCUCCUCUGAAACCACGCCUCCCUCCUUUCACUUGGGUGUGCAUCUAUAACAGUGGGCGGCUGUGUGUGGGAUAGAAUCUCAGACUGCCAGCAGAGCGGACAGUAGGGCACAGGACAGGAGUGUGCCAAGACUGGUCAGAGCAGGUGUAUGCCUGUGUGUGAGCUGACGGACGGAGCUCUAUGUGCGUCCUGUGUGUGUCGCCUCACCCACUCCACCCAGGGACAUCGCUUCUGAGGAGCACAGCUGGGAGACCGUGGUCUCUGAGCGCGAGAACAUUUGAGAAGCAUUGUUUGGAAAGGAAGUGAGGGAGUACGGCAGCAGAGUGGCCCCUGCUUCAGUGAGAAGGAGGUGAAGACAAGGUAGAGCCAUGGGAGGACGGGGCCUCCUUCUCCUCCUCCUCCUGGGGGUGGUCUCCCCGGCCCAGGGCUCGUCCUUCCUCUCCGGCCAGCGCCACCGGACACGUCUGCAGAGGGAUCGCCAAGCCCGCAACAAUGUCCGACCCAACAUCAUCCUCAUCCUCACUGACGACCAGGACAUCGAACUGGGCUCAAUGCAAGCCAUGAAUAAGACACGGCGUAUCAUGGAGCAGGGAGGCACCCAUUUCUCUAACGCCUUCUCCACUACUCCCAUGUGCUGCCCAUCGCGCUCCUCUAUUCUGACAGGGAAGUAUGUUCACAACCACCACACCUUCACCAACAAUGAGAACUGUUCCUCGCCGUCCUGGCAGGCCCACCAUGAGCCUCACACCUUCGCUGUGCACCUUAACAACUCAGGCUAUAGGACGGCCUUCUUUGGGAAGUACCUGAAUGAGUACAAUGGCUCGUAUGUGCCCCCUGGCUGGAGGGAGUGGGUAGCGCUGGUGAAGAACUCUCGCUUCUACAACUACACUCUGUGCAGGAACGGUGCACGGGAGAAGCAUGGCAGCAACUAUCCAAAGGACUAUCUCACAGACAUCAUCACCAAUGACAGCCUCAACUACUUCCGCUCCUCUAAGAGGAUGUACCCCCACCGACCAGUGAUGAUGGUCCUGAGCCACGCUGCCCCACAUGGGCCAGAGGACUCAGCACCGCAGUACAGCACUGCCUUCCCCAACGCCUCGCAGCACAUAACCCCGAGCUAUAACUAUGCUCCUAACCCAGACAAGCACUGGAUCCUGCGCUACACAGGCCCCAUGAAACCCGUCCACAUGCAGUUCACCAACAUGCUGCAGCGCCGGAGGAUGCAGACCCUGCUGUCUGUGGACGACUGUGUGGACAAGGUGUACAACAUGCUGGUGGAGACAGGUGAGUUGGACAACACCUACAUUGUUUACACAUCAGACCACGGCUACCACAUUGGCCAGUACGGCCUGGUCAAGGGCAAGUCCAUGCCCUACGAGUUUGACAUCCGGGUGCCCUUCUACAUACGAGGCCCCAAUGUGGAGGCAGGAGCCAUUAACCCUCAUGUGGUGCUGAACGUUGACCUGGCUCCCACACUGUUGGACAUGGCCGGAGCCGAUGUUCCCUCUGAUAUGGACGGCAAGUCCAUCCUCAAACUCCUGGACACAGACAAACCUGUCAACAGGUUCCAGGUGAACAAGAAGGGGAAGAUGUGGAGGGACUCCUUCCUGGUAGAGCGAGGGAAACUGCUCCACAAGAAGGCUGAUGGGAAGGAGGUGGCCCAGGAGGAGAAUUUCCUCCCCAAGUACCAGCGGGUCAAAGACCUGUGUCAGAGGGCAGAGUACCAGAGCUCCUGUGAACAGCCAGGGCAGAAGUGGCAGUGUCUGGAGGACCCGUCUGGUAAGUUGAGGCUGUAUAAGUGUAAGGGCAUGGCCAGUCUCUAUGCCCCACGUAUGCAGGCUCUGAUGGCCAGCAGCAGGUCCCAGCAGUGGGUUGGACACGUCUCCAAUGCUGGAGACAGCUGUGACUGUGGCCCCCUAGGCCUCAAAAUUACACCCCUGAAGAGGAAGAGACUGCUUACCAAGAAAAAGGUAAAGUCCACUAAGAGUCUGACUAGGAACCGUUGGGCCCGGUCCAUUCCCUUUGAGCUGGAUGGAGACCUUUAUGCUGUGGACCUGGAAGAGGGCUACAGGCCCGUGGGCCUCCGGAAUACCAGCAGGCCUGGGGAGAGGAGGAGAGGAGCGGUCCUGCAGGAGGACGACGAUGAGGAGUUCAGUGGAAUGGGAGUUACAGCCAGACCUACAACCAGCAACAGCCUUACACCACCUGCCGCUCUUAAAGUCACCUACAGGUGCUCCAUCCUGAUGAAUGACACAGUCAGGUGUGAUGGAGGACUCUACAAAUCCCUCCAGGCCUGGAAAGACCAUAAGCUCCACAUCGAGCACGAGAUUGAAACCCUGCAGACGAAAAUAAAGAACUUGCGUGAGGUCAAAGGUCACCUGAAGAAGGUUCGGCCUGAAGAGUGCCAGUGUAACACCCCCAAUUACCUGUCCAAGAACAAAGGGAUGUUCAGACUCGAUGCAGGCCGCAUUCACUCACUAAACAAAAUGCCCUCUAAGCAGAAGAAGCAGUGGCUGAUGAAGGAGCAGAAACGUAGGAAGAAACUCCGUAAACUGCUCAAGAGGCUCCGCAACAACGACACCUGCAGCAUGCCUGGUCUCACCUGUUUCACCCAUGACAACCAGCACUGGCAGACUGCCCCCUUCUGGACAAUGGGUCCAUUCUGUGCUUGUACUAGCGCCAACAACAACACUUACUGGUGCCUCAGGACCAUCAACGACACACACAACUUCAUAUUCUGCGAGUUCGCCACAGGUUUCAUAGAGUAUUUCGAUCUGAACACUGACCCAUACCAGUUGAUAAAUGGGGUUAGCACCCUGGACCGUACUGCCCUCAACCAGAUGCACCAGCAACUUAUGGAACUGCGGAGCUGCAAAGGCCACAAGCAAUGCAAUCCAGAGACAGGUGGUAAAGACAGAAACUCUUUAAGUGAAUACAGGCCAGUUCAUCGUCGAAAGAGGCCAAAAGUGAAGAAGCCCUCUUCCAAAUCCCUAGGGCAGAUUUGGGAAGGAUGGGUUGGUUAACAACCUGUGUCCCACAACCCACCAUAUUGCAGUCUGCCAAUAAAGGAGGACCAGAACUACUGGUGAACCUGAGGACUUUGUACAGACUUCAUGGGAAUGUAAUCUGAUCUACCAUUAUUGUGGGAGUUUAUGGAGGACGAUGCUGAUCCUACAUUAGCUGCAACUGAUGCUCAGAUCAUCACCCAGCAAAGCAAA